UUGACAGUGGCUGUGAGAGCACUGAGAAGAGUAAGAGAGAGAAGAGAAGAGAAGAGAAGAGUAAUACCAAUUCCGAUUCACUUUCAAUUCAUACACUCUUCGCAGACACAAGCUUUUCCCUCUCCUCCCAUGGCGGAAGAAGAAAUCUUCAUCAAACCUUAAAUGCGCAAUCUCUUUUCUCUCUCUGCUCACACUCAGACUCAGACAUGCCGCUGAGAUCCGGCCAUGGACAGGGAGGUUAACCUUCCGCCGACGAAUCUCAACCCCAAUUAUACUUCGUCUUCGUCGCUCUCUUCCUCCUCCUCGCCGCCCGACUUCCUCCAUCAUGUUCAGGCCGCCUUCAAGCGACAUCGCUCUCUCGGCGUAAUGCAGUCAAAUAGCAUAGGGCCUAGGCGUACUUUAGUUCCCCAGAGGAGAGUAUCAAAAAGUUCGAAGUCGAAUGUGGGUUCUCUUGAAGACACCAACAGGUCUCGAGAAGUUGUUGCAGUUAGUCAGGGUAAUACAGUCAAAGAUUCAAUCAAGCAGAUAAAGGGAGGGCCUGCUGCUGUCAAAGAAACUCAAGAAGACGCAUCAAUUACACUGCCUUCCAUUUCGGGCACUAUUACAGAAGCCUUUGAUGAAAGCUUAAACCCAUUUGAUGCACAGAGAGAUCAAGCCAAGCCUAUCACUGGUCCAGAAAACAACCCGCAAUCUCAACUCGUUGAUGGCCAGAAAAAAGUUCAAUUUUCAGUUGCAAGCGAAGCCAUUUCCCAGGGGGCCGAUGAUCUUAUUAUGGCCACUGGAUUGGAGAACUUAUCAUCUCAUAUGAGUUCACUUGCAUUGACAGAAAUGGAACGGGUUACAAGCAAUCAAGGAGAGGCAUCAACUGUUAUCAAUCAUGAGAUGAAGCGUCAGAAUAUUCAGAGCGCAGAAUGUGAUAUCACUUCGAGAUCUGAUGGUGGGGUUUCUUCUUCGUUGGCAAAGAGAACAAAUGCUGUGCAGGAUCAGUUGCACCAUUUCAAAAACUUCUUAAGCCAGCCUAUCACUCAAUCUUCAGUUGCUGGGCCAUCAUGUGCUACAACAACAUCUGUCCAUUCAACUUCAGCGCCAAUGCUUAAUCAGACAACUUUUUGCUCUCGACUGCAUAGCAAUUCUAAUGUGACAAUGGAACCUGCAAGUGAUCCAAGUGUAAAUGCUCAACCUAAAAAACAAGGGAAGAUAAUGCAGCAAUUAAAUCCGUCUUUAAAAGAUACUAGUGGAAUGUUAAGCAAUCAGAUUGCUGUUGCACAACAAUCUUCUACCUCUGUAGUAGAUGGCCAAAUGGAAGUUAAGGAAUAUGAAAUUUCUAAAGUGCAACAAGGCUGCAUGCUCAAGGAAAGUGGCUUUGUUGGAGAUCCUUCUCUUCUUGAUGAUAGGGCAGCUCAAGGGAAGCGAUUAGCAGCUGAUGUCAUCAAUAUUCAAUCUCAGGUUCCUUCAUCCAAAGGUAUCUCUUCUGAUAUGAAGGAUGAGCCUUCUAAGUUAGACAAACAGGAUAAGACGGUGAGUGGUAAAGGUGCAUCAGUCCCUCGCAAAAGAAGUUAUGACCCCGACUUGUUUUUUAAAGUUAAUGGGAAGCUCUAUCAAAGGCUUGGCAAGAUUGGUAGCGGUGGAAGCAGUGAGGUCCACAAAGUCAUCUCAUCAGAUUGCACAAUAUAUGCUCUAAAAAAGAUCAAGCUCAGAGGACGUGAUUAUGCCACUGCUUAUGGGUUUUGUCAGGAAAUUGAGUAUUUAAAUAGACUGAAAGGAAAGCACAAUAUUAUACAGCUAAUAGACUACGAGGUGACAGAUAGCGCUCUGCUCCGGGAAGUCAUGAAUGGUUCCAUGAGUAACAAAGAUGGUAGAGUCAAGGAUGAUGGACAUAUAUACAUGGUCCUUGAGUACGGAGAAAUUGAUUUGGCUCACAUGCUUUGCCAGAGGUGGAAGGAAAUUGAUGGCUCCAAACAGACCAUAGAUGACAACUGGCUUCGAUUCUACUGGCAGCAAAUUCUUCUAGCCGUGAGCACUAUACAUGAGGAGCGUAUUGUGCACUCUGACUUGAAGCCAGCCAAUUUCCUCCUGGUAAAAGGCUCCCUGAAGUUGAUUGAUUUUGGAAUAGCCAAAGCCAUAAUGAGUGAUACUACAAAUAUCCAAAGAGAUUCACAGGUCGGUACAUUGAGCUACAUGUCUCCUGAAGCAUUCAUGUGCAAUGAAAAUGAUGCUAAUGGAAACCCUAUCAAGUGCGGUCGACCAUCAGACAUUUGGUCUCUUGGUUGCAUACUUUAUCAGAUGGUUUAUGGGAGGACGCCCUUUUCAGAUUAUAAAACAUUCUGGGCAAAGUUCAAAGUUAUAACAGAUCCAAACCAUGAAAUCAGGUAUGAACCAGUCUCGAAUCCUUGGCUUCUUGAUAUCAUGAAAAAGUGUCUCGCAUGGGACCGCAGUGAAAGGUGGAGGAUUCCCCAGUUGCUUCAGCAUCCCUUUCUUGUUCCUCCGAUUCCGCUCCAUCAAUCUGCGUCUCAAGACCAAAGUUGUAGACUGCUGCAGCUUAUUUCCAAUGCUUGUAAAUGUGACACGGAAGCUUUAAACCUAUGUUCUCAGCUACAAGAACUGCUUAAGGCCCCGGACUCGCUAAUAACCUCUCAGUUAUUGUCAUCACACGAGCAACAGCGUAAGUUGCUCUCCCAUGUAUCAAAACUUUUCUAUCAGCUGGAAAGGCAAUUAGCAAGCUCGGAGAAAGAAUAGGCGAAAGAACAAACAACUUAAAUUCUGCACCGACCUGCGACUCACUUCCGAAAACAUCCUCAGUUUUGUGAGUUGUUCUUUGGUUCUCCAAGAAUCGUUCUUGGUUAUGGUGAUUUGCUUCCAUCAUUUUGUAGUAAUGUGUAAUAUCCUUCUCGGCUGUUUUUAACUUGUUUUAUCUUGAAGUUCAUGAGGAAUUGAAUCGUGUAAUUACCAUCCUUUGUCCCUGGCAUUUUUGGUGUGUUGUUUUCGAUACACGUUGCUUUAUUGCAGCAUGAUAAUCAA